AUGUUGGUAAACACCGGAAAGGUGUUAGUUAAUGCAGUUGGGCUGAUUGCAAGUAAAGUGGGCUGUCCGUUUGUGUAUUAUGCGGGCGAAACACAGGCCGCGGGCGGUCGUCGACCGAGGCCCUUGACUCGUGCGGGUUCAGCGACACUGCCUGACACCGUCGCGCCUCGACUGUGCGCCUGCUCGCCUGUACAACGCGCACCUUGCACUCCACGAAGUUCAUCAUCGGAUAACGAUAUAAGUUCCAUUGGAGAUUACGUAAAUGAAAAUCAUAUUUUAGAAACAAAAGAUACCGCGUCCUGUGGCACAGAUAAAGAGGUUGGUGAUGCGAAGGUGACACCGGACUUAAAUAAUGAAAUUUCCGAUGAUGAAUUUUUUGACGUAGAUCCACCUGAUGUGCAUGAACCAGUCGGUAAUACGCAAUCUCAGGAUAAUCGACGUUAUCCAAUUAGAACAAGUAGAAAAACUAUAAAUUAUAAGGAG